AUGGGAGGUAGCCGCGGCGGGCUGGCGGGGCAGCUGGGCGGGCUGCUGCGGGCGCAGCCCCGCGCCUCCCUCGGCCUCCCCAUGCUGCUGCUCGGCACCUACUUCUUCUACUGCCUGACGGGCUCCUGCGAGCCGCUGCCGCCCGCCGCCCCCGAGCGGCCCCAGGAGCAGGCGGCGGCCGCGGGCCGGGCGGGGCCGGGCAGCCGGCGCUUCCCGCAGGCCAUCAUCGUGGGGGUGAAGAAGGGGGGCACCCGGGCGCUGCUGGAGUUUCUGCGGGCGCACCCCGCCGUGCGCGCCCUGGGCGCCGAGCCCCACUUCUUCGACCGCGGCUACGAGAAGGGGCUGCGCUGGUACAGGAACCUGAUGCCGCGGACUCUAGAGGGCCAGAUCACAAUGGAGAAAACCCCGAGUUACUUUGUGACCAAGGAGGCCCCCAAACGUAUUUACAACAUGUCCAGGGACACCAAGCUGAUUGUGGUGGUGAGGAACCCAGUCACCAGGGCCAUCUCGGACUACACACAGACACUGUCCAAAAACCCCACCAUCCCCAGCUUCCAGGCGCUGGCCUUCAAGAACAUCAGUACAGGCCUCAUCGACACCACCUGGAGUGCGGUGCGGAUCGGCAUCUACGCCAAGCACCUGGACAACUGGCUACAGUACUUCCCCCUUUCAAAAUUCCUCUUUGUCAGUGGGGAAAGACUCGUGAGUGACCCGGCUGGGGAGAUGGGCCGAGUGCAAGACUUCUUGGGUCUCGAGAGAGUCGUGACGGACAAACACUUCUAUUUCAAUGAGACCAAGGGCUUCCCUUGCCUGAAGAAGCCGGAAGGAAGCAGCCGACCCCGCUGUUUGGGAAAGUCCAAAGGGCGGCCUCAUCCAAAAAUCCACGGGCAGGUGAUCCAGCGCCUGCAGGAGUUUUAUAGACCAUUCAACAUGAAGUUCUAUCAGAUGACUGGGCAGGACUUUGGGUGGGACUGAGAUCUCACCAGGCCAUUCGCUUUCUACGCCACAGUGGGGAGAGGGCAACUAGUCCCCUUAGCAGACCUACACGGCCCUAAGCUCAUUGUGUACCAAGCUGCCCAGAGACUCUAGCAUAGGUGUGUCCAAGGCAAACUUUUGGAAGACACUUCCCAUGUUCUAAUUUAUAACGGACCUGUUCCUGGAGAGAAAUGUACACUUACUGAGUAGAGAGAAAUAUUUAAGAAAGAAAAACAAACAAACAAAACCCGCAACCCCAGAUCAGAUUAAAUAUUCUUCCAUAUGAAUUUCGCUAAUCUAUAUUAAUCAGAAUGGUUUUCAGAUGGUGUGGUGUGUGUGUUUGUGUGUGUGUGUGUGUGUGUGCGAGUAUGUGUGUGUGCGUGCAGUGACAAAGGUACUAAGAUUCACAGUAAAGCUUUGCAAAUCAGAGUUGGCCUCCUAAUGCUGUCCUUUCUCUGACCAUACUGAGAGCGCUGUAAUAUUCGCAAUCAGCCAUCCCCACCCUUUUAAUUAGCAGGGAGAGGGCCCCAGACUUCAGUGCUGUGUUCAGUUCUUGGAUGCCUUUCUUGCAAAGAUAACAACCGCAGCCAGGUUCGAAGCUGCUGUACAGCAAUGUAGGUCCAUUGCCUUCAGAGGAGCUAGGUUGAUUUACAUCAGCUGAGGCUCUGGCCUGGUAUAUUAAAAACACAAGUGACUUAUGAUAAUAACAUGUUAGGAGCCUGAUCUUGCUCCUCCCAUUGGAGUCAAUGGAAUUUUGACUUUAUUGGGGCCAGUAGCAUGCCCCAGUUAAAAAAAAAUCUUAUUUAUCUAUUACUUUUUAUGUGUGUAUGUGCGUGUGUGUGUGUGCUUCACUCCGUUGGGCCAGUGAAUUUUGGCCGAGCUCCUCAAAGGCACCUGAGGCCCUUCCACGUACCUUUGAGGACCUGGGCCUUUGUGUUUCUAGUCAAUUUCACUUUCCAGCUUUUGGGUCUAUGCCCAGCAAGUUUGGUUUUCAGUUUCCUAUGC